GUUCAGAUUCUGCUGAUUCUUAUUAAAAGAGAAAUAAUGAGGAAGAGGAGCAGACACUGCUGAGUCUAAAGACUGCAGAUUCAUGUUUACAUUAUGUGAAAAAGUGAAGGUUUGGCUGUAACUGUGUGGGCACCGCCAAUCUCGUGAUGCACAGGUCUAUACAGGCCUAGAUGCUAAACAUUUUUCUGUUUGUUUGUUUUUUUAGAUAUUAUUAGACAGACCCCAUCUUUGUCAUUUAAUUCAUGGAAUAAUGAAAUAAAGUGACUCAUCUGUGAAAAAGAAACAUUAAAUGAGCAGUUCAACAUUUGGGGAGCUAAAGGAGUGCAGAUAAAUGCUCAAGAGAAUGUGUAUUUGAGCGUCUUUCAGCACACAGUUAUUAUCAUGUUAUAUCUGCUUAUCAAACUCUAAACAUGUCCGUUUGCUCGCUUAGGUUUGACAGUCUCACUCUGUUUGUUCUUGCACAUCCACCUAAGGGUGCAGGGAGAUCUUUGAGGCUGUGUGGCGCAUGACCACUGGAGAGCUCUGCCUGCAGCACUGAGCUCUUUUAGAAGUCAACUAAAAACUUAAAUAGUAAUGUUAUGGCGUGUACCAUCCCCCACCUAAACCAACCCCACUCUGCAUGUACGUGAGCGUGUGCGUUUCCCCCAAGACAUGGCUAUGCGCACUCAGGUGAUUUCAUUGUUUAAUGUUUAAUUGCAUUUAAUUUUGUCAAAGGCCAAAAGAUGUUACUAGCAUGUUUUUAUUUAAACUUUUUUAUCGAUCUACAAAUGUCUCGAUUACAAUAACAGCAAAAGAGUGGACAUCUGUUAGGGGCAUCUGUUAAUGGGAUAAAAUGUGUUUUUUCCUCAUAAAGAUUUUGAUGUGAUUACAUGAAAUGGUCCCUUCAGUAUUGCUUCUGUGAGAAAGAAGUUUUGACACAUGAUAGUUUUUAGUAAAAGGUUUAAAACAAAAACUGUAAUAUUCUCUUUUGGCUGGAUGGUUUUUGUUUGUGUUUAUAAGUGUAAAUUAUAUAGUCGGUGGUGAGACAAUCAAUUUUACUUUUCAUUGUCCUUGUUUGUUUGAUAGUCACACCUUGUGACAGAGUAGCGCCGUCAUGGACCGCAGACACAGUGGCGCAGUGGUUAGUGCUGAGGCCACACAGUAAGGUUGAAUCCACCGGCCUGCCGGUGCUGUUUGUGUGAUCUCUGUCCUGUGUGGGUUUUCUCUGGGUACUCGGGCUUCCUCCCACAGUCCAAAGACAUGCAUGCAUAGGUCUGGUUAAUGGGUGAUUCUAAAUUGGCCAGAACUGUGAAUUGUUGUCUGUCUUUAUCUGUCAUGUCAAACUGUUCCUUUAAACCUCAGCUUUCAGCAUGCAGAGGGGUUUCCAGGCAGGUCUCCUGCUCCUGCUUGUCCAGCUGUUCCAGGAGGGUCCGGGAAACAUCCCAGCCAUCACCCUGGCUGUCCUGGGAUUCAAUGUGUACCUGUACGUGUUUCCUCCUGCUCCACCACUGAAGGCUUGCAUGAGCCUUGAUCAGGUGUACCGGAAUAAAGAGUGGCGACGACUCCUCCUGUCCCCCCUGCAUCACAUCGAUGAUUGGCACCUUUACUUCAACAUGGCGUCCUUCCUGUGGAAAGGCAUCAGGCUGGAGCGACGUCUGGGUGGAAGCUGGUUCCUGUACCUGCUGUCAGUCUUCUUUCUGCUCACUGGAUUGGUGUACCUGCUGCUGCAGGCACUGAUGAUUAAGCUCAUGGAGGGCACGGAUCGUUCUGAUCCAUUAUUGGAAUAUGUGCAGGCUUUCAGCAGAGAGUGUGCUGUCGGCUUCUCGGGGGUCUUGUUUGCACUGAAGGUCGUCAAUAACCACUUCAACCCUGGUGGUGUGACGUACGUGAUGAAUAUUCGGGUGUCCAAUCGCUUUGCUAGCUGGGUGGAGCUGGUGCUCAUCUAUCUAAUCGCUCCUGGGACUUCUCUGGUUGGCCACCUGGCAGGUGUCCUGGUGGGUCUGCUCUACACUGCGGGUCCACUGAAGACCAUCAUGGAGGCAUGUGCAGAUAUGUUAUCUUCAGAUGGAGUUACUUCACGCCAGCGUUCAUACUACAGCUCUUCAGGCUACAGCGGGACCAGACGAGAAUACUUUGAAGAGCCUCGACCUGCGGAGGAUCACACGUCUGAUUAUUCUGAGAGCUACAUCUCAGGACUGACGGAGGACGAGCAGAUAGAGCUGGCGAUCAGAAACAGUCUGAAACAUCCAGGACAAACCAGGCGAAGAGAAACUGAACGUCACCCGGGGGACUCUGAGGAUCUCAGGAGGAGGCGGCUGAGGAGGUUUGAGCAGGAAGUUACCAACCAGAAAAGAAGAUUGUAAUUACGGAUUUUUAUUUUCCAGUUUUGUUUUUUUCUCAUUUUCACUGGUUUAACUGGGAAGAUGCCUCCCAUCACUCUCCCUUGUUGCUGCGGGUCACAUAAGAGGAUUGAGGUGCGGCCUGCAGCGGUCUUCAAACAAAGACUUCCUCCUAGUUUGGACUUCUUGUAUUACUUGGGGACUUUGUUUUCUAUUGUAUGUGCUUUUACUUCCUGUCUUUAUUUUCCUGCUGUCUGGUUUUCUGCCAGCAUAUCGGUUUCAUCUGUGGUUAAUUGUUCCCACUUGUGUCUCGUUAUUCAGUCAGCUCUUCUGUGUAUAUUUAGUGUUUUUGCUCCUUGUGUUCCACUGGUUUUCUCACCCUUACCUUUUUGAAUUUCACUGUGGGUUUUGCCAUUGGUGGUUUUUCAUUACUCUGCCAGCCGCUGCAGCUUAUAUCUGGCUCCUCUCCACCAUGUUUAGGCUACUCAGCAUCAUUCAUGUAGACCUGCACAUCUGAACCCAGUGAGCACAGACCUGGUUCACCAUCACUUUAAUAUGUGCCUUAAACUCUGUGUAUGUGGAACGCUCCUUUGUUUCCUUUGGUAAGCCAUUCCAACAUUUAGCUCCUGUAUUGACUGUCUAAAUGUAGUGCACCUAUAGACUACCCCACACUCCCCUCUAGCGGUGGCCCUUGUGCAACUUCACAAUCUGACUUUUGAUUAAUAAAUUCCUUUAAAGGAUGUGGAGCAAGUCUAUGUAGAUUCUUAUAUAUAAAAUAGGAAUACUGAUUUUUUUAAAUUAUGAAAACUCAAAAACAUGUUUUUCCAGAAUUUUUCAGGAAUAAUGAGUUUUUAUCAAAAAGUUGAGGGUUUUUUGUAAUUUCAACUAUUUAUCACUACAUAGUGAAACAAUACUCGAUAUAUGAUAAAAGUCUUAAACUGUAGACGCAUCCUCUCUGCAGUCUGAUUUGCUUGAAACUCUAAGGGUUACAUUUUACAAGCUGGAUAACUUUUUAGAAUCAUGUUUAGAUGUUAAAGUCGGGUCCAAAGUGAGCACAGCAUAUUUAUACUAAUUUACAGCCUCAAGCUCCUCCUCUUGAAUCCUUGACUCCUCUCCUUGCCUCCUCUGAUUUUGUAUUAGUCCCUCCCACCAGAGAUGAGGAAGAGGAGGCGAGGGGAAACAUCCAUCCAAAGGUGUCCUUUGUUAAACCGAUGUCAGUAAAAUUUGACAUUUGACACAACUGCAUCAUUGUUAACGGUUUUACGAUCUCGGGUGUGACACGGCAAUGUGUUAUAUUUAGGAACCCUUUUAAUUUAAGGAUAUCACACCUUUUCUUGAAUUACACACACAGAAAUUGUGGAGGGUAGAAAAUGUAAUAAUCUACUCUGAAACAUCAUCAUCACAGAUAAAAAGCACUCCCUCUGUAGUGUGUGUGUAUAUUUCACCUGUGUGCAGGGCCUCUUUUAUAAAAAAAAAAAAAGACAUUUCCAGGAAAGACUCACCUGUGCACCUCUGAUUAUCACUCCUCCUGCAGCUUCACGAUAAAUGUUAGGAUUUGAGACAGCCUUCAGUAUGGCUCAGUGAAACAAUGUGUUUAAAGAGGUAAAUGCUGAAAUUUAAAUCACUCUUUUCUUUUGCAUUUGCACUUUUAUUUAUCUUUUUUUACAUGAACUUCUGUAUUGUGUGUUUUUACAUGUACCAUAUGUGUUAUAUAAGAAGCAAAAUUCAAUAAAUAACUGGUUAAAAAUA